CCGGUUGACCAUGUGUUUAAUUUCAUUGCGUUUUUUGCUAUUAUUUCGGACUAAUUUCUUUUGGACACACUCUGUGAGCGGGUGGUUGGGGCAGCGCGUGAAACAGCAGUUGUGAUGAAAUUAUUUGAGGAGCUAAGCGAAGUGGAUAGUUCUGUGGAGUGUUCGUGCGACUUACUCUCACAGCAAUUGCGACAACACAAACUGCGAAUUAGAAUUCUUGGCAUGAUUGAUUUGAAUAAACGACUUUCUUUCCUGAUUUUUGGUGCUCUGGUAAAAAAUGUUUUGCUUCUGUUACAGUGGGAUUUGGGGAAGCAGUUCGAUGAAUAAUAAGAAUUGAAGUAUUAUCAAGAUAAAAUUAAUAAUUCCAUUAAAAAAUAUAGCCAAAUAGAAAUCAAUCAAUAACUCACACUUUUCAAAGC